AUGUCUGCAUUAGCUCUCCUGACAGACCAAGCCACCCUGGUUGAACAAGUAAAAAGAGUAAAAGAAAUUGAAGCCAUUGAAAGUGAUUCUUUUGUUCAGCAGACAUUCAGAUCAAGUAAAGAAGUCAAAAAGUCCGUGGAACCUGGUGAGGUGAAGCACACAGCUGUGACAUCAGGACCAGCACCAGGAGCUGCUGACCCACCCAGUAGUGAGAAAGAAAUAGAUCCCAGCAGCAUCCCCACGGCCAUCAAGUACCAAGAUGACAAUUCUCUGGCCCAUCCAAAUUUAUUUAUUGAGAAAGCUGAUGCUGAGGAAAAAUGGUUCAAGAGAUUAAUUGCCCUCCGACAAGAAAGGCUAAUGGGUAGUCCUGUGGCCUGAAUAAUAUACAGAUGGUUGAAUUAACAGUAACAUUGGAAAUUUAGGUUUUUAAAUCCCAAUAUUAACUUUUUACUCUUAAAAAGCAGUUAGCUGAUAAUGUAAAAAGGUACUGUUUCAUUCAUUUCUCAUGUAGGCUUGAAUAUUUGCUGAUUUGAACUUAACCAAACAUUGUGAAUAUUAAAACUAGUAUAAAAUUUAACAAUGCAUGAAAAUGUCAUACUGUUAAUAAAAAUAUCAGUGGUAAAAUAAAUGAUACACAGUAGUAUUUGAGUAAAAUCGGAAAAUAUCAAGUCAUCAUUUAAAGACACAAUUUUGAUUAAUCAUGCAUAUGUAAGAAUCAAACUAUAUGCUAUCCAUGUGAGAUUUCAUCUUCCAUGUAUUAUGAAACCAUUUUGAGUCUUUUUUUUCACAUUAUUGUAAAAAUUUAAGCAGAAUAAAAAGCACUCUAAACAAUCUAA